GAAAACAAUGAAUGAAAUUCCUCGCCGACAUCACUGAGUGCAUUACACCGGCCAGGCCCAUCCCGUCUCCUCCGUUCACCCCACCGCGAGCCCCUCUCUGCCUGCUACUCAUCAACCGUGACGUCAGGGCGGCGCGGGGGAGCUGUCCUCGCGCGGAGGGUGCUGCUGCUGAAACAAGAUGGCUGUGCGCGCAGGAGGAGCAGCGGAGGAGAGCUGAGGCAAUGCAGAGGAGGAAUGAAGAGGGGGGCGAGGAAUUCACUCCUGUGCUGUGUGUCUUGUCCUGUCAAAAGAGCAACAGCUCCGCUGAGAAAGAGACAAGCGCUUUCUGACAUUAUGCUAAUUGGUUUCCGUUAUCAUUUAGGGUAGCAGUUUGGCGGUUUGAGUUUUUUUGUAACCAAGAGACAAACGGACUGACCAAACAAAUCACGGAGCACUCAGUAGAGGACAGCCGGGGACCCUCACGCCGCUAUCAGAGAUGUCCCUGCUAUGUGUGGGAGUGAAGAAAGCCAAGCUGGAUGGACCCCAAGAGAAGUUCAACACUUAUGUGACUCUAAAGGUGCAAAAUGUGAAGAGCACAACCAUUGCUGUCAGGGGCAACUUGCCCAGCUGGGAGCAAGACUUCAUGUUCGAAAUUAACCGCUUGGACCUGGGUCUGACAGUAGAGGUGUGGAACAAAGGGUUAAUCUGGGACACCAUGGUCGGCACUGUGUGGAUUCCCCUCCAGGGCAUCCGACAGUCAAAUGAGGAAGGUCCGGGGCAGUGGCUCACACUUGACUCUCAGGUCAUCAUGACUGAUAAUGAGAUCUGUGGCACCAAAGAGCCCACUCUCCACCUGGUGCUGCUCGACACACGCUUUGAACUGCCUCUCGAUAUCCCUGAGGAUGAGGCACGAUACUGGGCUAAAAAACUGGAGCAGCUCAAUGCCAUGAGGGACCAAGAUGAGGAGCAGGAACGUCCUCUACGUGUACCAGGAACCCAGUGCUGUAACUGGAGUCUAUGGGGAGACCAACAAAAUGAAGACCCAGACAGCGCUGUGGACGACAGGGACAGCGACUAUCGCAGUGAAACCAGUAACAGCAUCCCCCCUCCCUACUACAGCACAUCCCAGCCCAAUGCCUCUGUCCACCAGUAUCCCAUCAGCCACCAACACCGCAGCUCCAGAAGCUUCUCCUACCCGUGCUCUGGCAACAACCACGACCUCGACUACCAACAACAGAGGACUGUCAGUCCCUCUGGGAGCUAUGCAUCGUCUGCAGAGCUGAGUCGGUGCAGCAGUCAGCUCAGCGAGGAGGACUAUGGCGGUGAGUAUGGAGAGAGGGACCCUUACGACGAGAACGACUCUUAUCACUCCUGCCACUCCUCGGUUAGCUACAGUAAAGGCUCUCCAGACUGGGACCCUGAUGAAACCCAGGGUGCGUACAGUGAUGAGGGCGGCUACUGCAAAGAUGGAGGAGAGGAGGCGGCUCUGUAUGAGGAGGAUGACGGAGGACUGUAUGAGGGAGAAGAGGAGGGCCUCUAUGAGGAUGAGGAGAUGAUGUAUGAUGAUGAAGAUUUGUACAACUUGGACGGGACCCUCAGUGAGGACCUGGAGCCUCCAUUUACCCCCACCCCAACGUCAACAGCCCCCACAACUCUGGAUGUACCCUGCUCCAGACCUCCUCUGGAGAAACAGCCGUCCUUACACCAACAGCAGCCCCCUACUCAACCCCCCAACCAAACAUCCAACCAGUCACAUCCCCCUGGCAUGGCCCCAUCAGGACAGCCCCCCUCUGGUCAACCAACAGCCCAACCACUUAAACAGCAGCCUCAAACACAGCCUCAGCCACAGCCAGCCCCAUCUGCCACUUCCUUCUUCUCAAUGGCCAAACCUCUAACAGCUGCAGUCACAGGCUUGGCAUCUACUUUCCUGUCUUCUGUUCCCACCGCACAGCCUGCCCAGUCUCACCCUCCAGCCUCAUCCGUAUCUCAACAACACCAGUCUGCUGUAGCCAGCGUUGUCCCUCCAUCCCAUCCAGGCACCAUGGCUAACUCAGCCUCCCAGCCACCCUCGACUGCCAUGGGCCCUUCCUCCCAACAGACCCCGUCCUCUGGGCAGCCUCAAUCCCAUCUCAAUGGUCCUGCCACCACACAGUCAGCUGCCCCUGAGGACCAGGCUCUCCAGCUGGAGGAAGAGCCAUGGCUAGAGGAGGAAAUGAUGUUGGAAAAGGAGGCCAGGACGCCCCCUGCUCAGCCAGAGGACACGCUCCCCAUGGAGGAGACAGAGGAGCAUUUUGAAGAGAGCAGGCCGGCGACGCCAGUAGAGGAAGAAGAGAUGCCACCUGAGAGUCCUCCAGUCAUAGAGGAGCCCAAAGAGCCAGUGGAUCCAGCAGUCAGAGCCAAAGAGAACUGGCUAAGGCUCUACAAUAAAGUCUUAGAACAGCUUCGGGAGGCUCGAGGAGAGACCUCAAACUCGCUGUGGUUUGGUAAAGGAGGAAUGGGAGGUGCACUCUACAGUAUUGACAGCAUGCCGGACCUUCGCAAGAGGAAAGCCAUUCCUCUUGUCAGAGAUCUGGCGUCAGGCAUCAUGUCUCUCGUGCAGAACUCUCGUAAGGCUGGAAUCACGUCCGCCAUGGCUUCCACUACUCUCGGCAAUGAAGAGCUGAAAAGUCAUGUUUAUAAAAAGACCCUGCAGGCUCUGAUCUACCCCAUCUCGUCCACUACUCCACAUAACUUUGAGGUGUGGACAGCCACCACCCCCACCUACUGCUACGAAUGCGAGGGGCUGCUUUGGGGUAUCGCCCGACAAGGCAUGCGCUGCUCUGAGUGUGGCGUCAAAUGCCACGAUAAGUGCCAGGAUCUGCUCAAUGCUGACUGUCUGCAGAGAGCUGCAGAGAAGAGCUCCAAGCACGGGGCGGAGGACCGUACCCAGAACAUCAUCAUGGUACUGAAGGACCGCAUGAAGAUCAGAGAGAGGAACAAACCAGAAAUCUUUGAGCUAAUCCUGGAAGUGUUCGCUCUCGACAAAACAACACACGGCGCGCAAAUGAAACAAAUCAAGCAGAGCGUGCUUGAUGGGACGUCCAAAUGGUCAGCGAAGAUCAACAUCAUUGUGGUAUGUGCUCAGGGCCUGCAGGCUAAAGACAAAACAGGCUCCAGUGACCCUUAUGUAACUGUUCAAGUUGGGAAGACCAAGAAGAGAACCAAGACCAUCUACGGAAACCUCAACCCUGUCUGGGAAGAAAACUUCCACUUUGAAUGCCACAACUCGUCUGACCGCAUCAAGGUCCGCGUGUGGGACGAGGAUGACGACAUCAAGUCGCGUGUGAAACAGAGGUUCAAACGUGAGAGUGAUGACUUCCUGGGGCAAACCAUCAUCGAAGUCCGGACUCUGAGCGGGGAGAUGGACGUUUGGUACAACCUGGACAAGAGAACUGAUAAGUCUGCUGUGUCAGGAGCCAUCCGGAUGCACAUAAGUGUUGAGAUCAAAGGAGAGGAGACGGUUGCUCCUUACCAUGUCCAGUACACCUGUCUACAUGAGCAUCUGUUUCAGUACACCACUGAGGAGCAGAACGGUGGUGUAGUAAAGAUCCCUGAUGCCAAAGGUGACGAUGCCUGGAAGGUGUAUUUUGAGGAGACGGCUCAGGAGAUAGUGGACGAGUUUGCGAUGAGAUACGGAGUAGAGUCCAUCUACCAGGCCAUGACCCACUUUGCUUGCUUGUCAUCCAAGUACAUGUGCCCAGGAGUGCCAGCUGUGAUGAGCACCCUGCUUGCCAACAUCAACUCUUACUACGCCCACACCACCCAGUCCUCCAAUAAUGUUUCUGCCUCGGACCGAUUUGCUGCAUCAAACUUUGGCAAGGAGAGGUUUGUUAAACUGCUGGAUCAGCUGCACAACUCCCUGAGGAUUGACCUGUCCAUGUACCGGAAUAACUUUCCUGCCAGCAGUCCUGAAAGACUACAAGACCUCAAGUCUACAGUUGAUCUCUUGACGAGCAUCACAUUCUUCAGGAUGAAGGUCCAGGAGUUGCAGAGUCCCCCCAGAGCAAGCCAGGUGGUGAAGGACUGCGUGAAAGCCUGUCUCAACUCAACCUACGAAUACAUUUUCAACAACUGCCACGAUCUCUACAACAGGGAAUAUCAGACAGACCCUUCGAAGGCAGUCCCUCCAGAUGAACAGGGUCCCAGCAUCAAAAACCUGGACUUCUGGUCCAAACUCAUCACUCUCAUCGUCUCCAUCAUAGAGGAGGACAAAAACUCCUACACUCCUUGCCUUAAUCAGUUUCCCCAGGAACUGAACGUGGGCAAGAUCAGCGCCGAGGUCAUGUGGAAUAUGUUUGCACAAGAUAUGAAAUACGCCAUGGAGGAGCAUGAAAAGAACCGCCUGUGUAAAAGUGCAGAUUAUAUGAAUUUGCACUUCAAGGUGAAGUGGCUCUACAACGAGUACUGCAAGGAGCUGACCACUUUCCAGAAGCACGUACCUGAAUAUCCAGCCUGGUUUGAACCAUUUGUCAUCAUGUGGUUGGACGAGAAUGAAGAAGUGUCCAGAGAUUUUCUGCAUGGAGCCCUGGAGAGGGACAAAAAAGACGGGUUCCAGGUCACAUCAGAGCACGCUUUGUUCUCCUGCUCAGUGGUGGACGUGUUCUCUCAGCUCAAUCAGAGCUUUGAAAUCAUCCGCAAACUGGAGUGUCCCGACCCUCAGAUCGUUGGCAACUACAUGAAAAGAUUCGCCAAGACCAUUGGCAAUGUCCUGCUGUCUUACGCUGACAUCAUUGCAAAGGACUUUCCAAAUCAUGUCAAGAAGGAGAAAGUGCCAUGUAUCAUCAUCAAUAACAUCCAGCAGCUCAGAGUUCAGUUGGAGAAGAUGUUUGAGGCCAUGGGAGGCAAAAAUCUCAAUCUGGAGGCUAGUGACUUCCUCAAGGAGCUGCAGAACAAACUCAACAGUGUUAUGGAUGACCUCAGCCGCAUCUUUGCUGUCAGUUUCCAGCCCCAGAUCGAGGACAACGUGAGGCAAAUGGGAGACAUCCUAGCCCAGGUUAAAGGUCAGACCGUUCCAGCCAACGGCAGCGUGGUUCAGGAGGCUGACAAUGUCCUGCAGCCCAUCAUGGACUUCCUGGACAGCAACCUGUCGCUGUUUGCUAAGAUCUGUGAGAAGACCGUGCUGAAGAGAGUGCUGAAGGAGCUGUGGAAACUAGUUAUGAACACAAUGGAAAAAACUAUUGUGCUUCCAACACUCACUGACCAGACGGUUAUUGGCACUCAGAUGAUCUUCAACGCUGCUAAGGAGUUGGGCCAGCUUUCCAAGCUCAAGGAGCACAUGGGGCGAGAGGAGGCCAAAGCUCUGAGUCCUAAACAGUGUGCAGUAAUAGAGCUAGCACUGGACACUAUUAAGCAAUACUUCCAUGCCGGUGGUGUGGGCCUGAAGAAGACGUUCUUGGAAAAGAGUCCGGACCUGCAGUCUCUGCGCUACGCCUUGUCUCUGUACACCCAGGCCACAGACAAGCUAAUCAGGAAGUUUGUCCUCUCACAGAGCGCUCAGGUCCACGGAGGGAAAGGCCUCAGGUGCACGGCAAACGAAGACACACCGCCAGAGAAAGCAUCUGGAGUGGAUGCAGUCGGCGAGGUGGUCAUGUGCGUGGACAUUUUACCCCAACCUAAUGGAGAGCAUAAGAUCAGUGUCAAAGUGGUGGCUGCUAAUGACCUGAAAUGGAAGGCGCAGGGCUUCAGGCCCUUCGUGGAGGUCUACAUCAUCGGCCCUCACCUCAGCGACAAAAAGAGGAAAUUUGCCACCAAGUCAAAGAACAACACCUGGUCACCCAAGUUCAAUGAGAGCUUCCAGUACUCCUUGGGCACUGAGGUGGGUCCAGAGAGCUACGAGCUGCAGGUGUGUGUGAAGGACUACUGCUUUGCCAGAGAGGACCGCACUGUGGGCAUGGCCGUGGUGCAGGUGAAGGACAUUGCUAGCAAGGGCAGCGUCACCUGCUGGAUGCCGCUGGGCAGACGUGUCCACAUGGACGAGACGGGCCUGACGGUGCUGCGCAUCCUCUCUCAGCGCAACAACGACGACGUGGCGAAAGAGUUUGUCAAGCUCAAGUCGGACCAGCGCUCGGCUGAGGAGGGCCGCAGCUGAGGCAAGCGGAGAGAGCGAGGACACACACGUGUGCACAAAAACACCAGAGACAUAGUAUUAUGCGCACAUAUAGUAGUCACGCCUACAUAGACAACCAUGUGCAAUACAUAAGCACACACAUGAAAAUGAUCUAUUGUACAUAUAUCUGCAUACAUUAUGCAACAUUUACAUUGCAGUGCUAUCAAUGCAAACAUGGAGGAAUACGUUUAUUAAUAUUCAUAGGCUAUUUAAUUUUGAACAUUUCAGCUGCUUCACUCAAAGCUCUCAGUUUAGGGUUAGCCUCAAAUGAGCAAGCACUUCCUCCUCACUCAGUCUUUCCCAUAUCACAUCACACCUUUUAUACGCUGUACAUUUAGAUGUGAUAUAAUGCAGCGCAGAACUAAACCAUGUCAAUAGUUUGAGGACGACCACUUUGCACUUUUGCUUCUCUGUGUCUUCAGAAGAGCAGUCCUUGCCUAGCUGUCCGUCCGUCCGUCUGUAUGUCCGCUUGCCUGCCUGACUGUGUGUCGUUCUUCCAGACCCCCCCCUCGUCUCCCCUCCUCGUCGUUUGCUGUGCGUAGUCUUGCCACGGUGUGAUGUGUUGUGUUGGUUGGAGUUCAGGCACAGAUCUAAGAUCAGCCCCCUUUUUGCCCAAAAAUCCAAAUAGAGAUUUAAAAAACACUGACCUUAGAUCAGUGUCCAGGGGCAACGUCACUGCUAGUCUGUCCUGUAAUGUACUAACUUCCUGCAUGUUGACCCCAGGAACACUGUGAUUCACUUUGCUGUAACCAUAACCACCGUUCCCCCUCCCACAUAAAAGAUGGGUGCCUCCAAUAUUUUCCCUGUGUGAGCAUGGUGCAUAUACUGUAUAACUCUGGUACAAUAAGGUUUUAUAAUGAUGACCUGACUUACAGCCAUUAUCAUGGAGAAAACACAAAAAGACAGUGGAAACAUGCUGAGCCUGAUAUGUGAUGUGUUGAUAGAGACAAAGGUUGUGGCCACAAUGUGCAUUUUCUUUCUUUUUUUAACCUUUUCCUGCGUCACAUCAUGACAAACGGAGCAAUACAGUGUCUAACACAUCUACACCCCUAGAGUGCACAUUAACUCCAAAAAGGGCUACAGGAUCAGUGGACUGGGAAGUCAGUUUACGCACUAAUACAUACUGUCCACGCUUCUGUUGGCAAGUUGACCACAAGGUUUCCCCCACGUGCUCCCCUGUCUACCUGCUCUGCCAUGGAAACACCGCCCCACUGCAGACACUCCGAUUCAGAAAGUCUUUUAAGAGGGACACUGUGGAGGAAGCCCAAAGGACACGCGAUGCUGAAGGACUCUUUCCUCCUGAUCGCCUGCACACGUACCUAAACUUAUCUCUUUAAGGCAAUAGUGGUUUGUUUGUAUGUUCACGGAACCUCGUU